UCGUAUCUCAAACAGAAUGCGGUCACCGUCUCAGUGCCAAGUUUAACAGCCAGUUAGCGUUUAACUGUGCCCUGGACCGCCGGCCACUAACGAUCAGAUGGAGGUAGAAGUACGGCUCACGAGGACGGGGGAAGAGCCCUGGGGCUUCAGACUCAUCGGGGGCACCGAUUUCAACAUGCCACUCACCGUCGUCAAGGUCCUACCCGACUCACCAGCAGAUUUCGCCGGCAUUCGCAACGGCGACACCGUCGCUAGCAUACAGGGGAAAAAAGCGGCCACCAUGACACAUGACGGGGCUAAAGCGGCUGUGGCGGCGGCAGCGGACAGCCUCAAUAUUGGAGUGAUGCGCGGUCUCUACGACCUGACGCUCGACGACUACGACCCGAUCGACGACCCGUUAGACCAGGACGAUUUCGACCAGCCCUCUCAUCCGACUGAGGUAUUCCAAGUACAGCAAUUCGGUGACACCCCCCUCGACUCCAAAGAGCCUAGUCGGUCCCGCACUGGAUCCCGGGGUAACCUCGACCGGAGGUCUCUUAGCGAAGGUCGCUGUGAUCCGUACGAACAGAGGUCCUUAACUGAAUCCCCUUACUUCCUCAACACCAAACCGUAUAGACCUUUUUCCACUGAGCCUUCCCCAAUCCCUCCUUUAGAGAAGCCUAUUAUUCUUAAUCCUAAUUACCAUGAUGAAUUUGGCACAUUUGAUGAUGGCCUUGAGCCACCUGUUGAUCUUCCCAAAGUUGAUGAAUUUGCGGGGAUCCUUAGUGAAAAAAGUAGAUAUAAACUCCCAAUUUCAAAACAGUAUGAUCCUGAUGGAUCUAAGCUUAAUAAAACGAAAGAAAUAACGACAGUCACUAAGACCGUAGAAGAGAAGGUAGUAACAGAAGAGAUAGUGACUAAGGAAGUGAAAGUUACUUCAGUAGAAGAAAGAUUGGUUAAAGAGCAAAAGGAAGAUGCCAAGUUUAUGAAAAAAAUGAAGAAGGAUAUUGAUAUGGAUAAGAUAGAAAUGACUGCUACAAGCAUUGUUGAUGAGAGUAUUGAGAAAGCUGUAACCGUAGCUGGUGAAAUUAAAAAAGAAAUUGAUCUUGAACUGAGUGCUAUAUCCUCAGAAUCUAAAACUAGCUCAUCUGACAUGGAAACUGUGGUCAUGGCACCUGAUAGAAAAAAAAUUAUCAAAGAGGUUAGUGAAAUGAGUGAAACUGUUAAGAAAACUGAUGAUUAUGUUGUUAAAAAGAGUGAUGUUAGUGUUGCUAAAGAGGUUGCCAAAUUUGAAAAAGAUGACAGACAAAUUAUCAUUGACGAACGUCAAGAAUUUCGGAAACAGGAGUUACAAGAAACUAUAGAAAGUGGUAGCGUGAGAAGGAAGUCACAAAUGUAUGAUGGAGACGUUAAAAUGGCAGAUAUGAAAGUCGAAAAGACAUCUGUAGAUGAAACUAUAGAAAGUGGUAGUGUGAGAAGAAAGUCAGAAAUGUUUGAUAACGAUGUGAAAAAGACCGAUUGUAAAGUAGAAAAGAAAUUUAUAGAUGAGACUAUAGAAAGUGGAAGUGUACGAAGCAAAUCUGAAAUGUUUGAUAAAAACGUUGAAAUGAAAUCUGUGGACGAUGCCAAAAUUGAGAGAAGGCAGUCUAAAAGAAUAUCUGACCAAAAAGAUAUUAAAGCAGUGCAAUCGGCUCAGCACAAGCAAACAUCUGAAUUUAAAACAGAAAAAAUCUCUACAACUACCGAGAGCGUACAUAAAUCAGACGAAAGCAAAACUAAAGAGGCUAAAUAUAGUACAGCUAAAUUGCUAGCAGAACAGAGAGCUUAUACUAUUGGAUUACAAACUAUUCCUCAUAUAAGAGGUACAGUGCAAUCAAAUUAUCAUUAUGAUUUAUUGCUCAAAACCUUUUUUAUACAUUUGACUGAUGUCAUGGUUGCUCUGUCCAGGUUUAUUUUAGCUGAACCUGUAUUGUCUAAGCCUUUAGAAACUAAACCAGAAGUUAAAAAAGAAGUAACUGAAGUUAGUCAAGUUGAAAGGGACGUAGUUUCUAAUACGACAGUUGUGAAAGAUUCUGUAAUAGAUCGUAAAAAAACUGAAAAGUUAGAAACCAAAGAUUUGCAAAUUAGAGAAAAAAAAGAGAAAGUUGAAAAAGUGGCUGACGUAAUUAAACAAGAUCACGUGAGGGAAGUAAAGCAGCAUGAAUAUACGGAUUACGUUCAAAAGAUUCAACAAGAAAGUGAAAAAAGGGAGAAAUGCAUUUUGUCUGGUGCAGAAAUGGCACAGUUAAGUGAUAAAAAGUCGGGGGAAUUGAUAACUAAAAUGGAUGGAGUUAUAACUGAAUUCCAGACUAAAGCCGGUUUAGAGGAAGAGAUUACUAUGCAACGAGAAAGGAGGUCUAGAAGUAGAAGCAAAGUAGAUGAAGAAAUAGUGAAAGAUGCCAUGCCACAAAAUGCACUUUCCAGAGUUGAUAUAAAAUCCCAAGAGAUUACUGAAGUAAAGACUACCAGUAGUGUCCUAGAUUCAAAGGAGAUGAAAACAGAAACAAAACAUGAAAGUAUAGACAUUAAAAGAGAAACCAAACACGAAGCUAGUGGAGUUAGUAGUAAGAAUGGUAAAAACACAUACAUAUCUAUAUGUGAAGCUCAUGUUUAUACUAAUAAAAAUUCAAUUUUUGAUGAAAUAGCAGAAAUACCUGAAACCGCUUCAGUGGAAAGUAUUAAGGAAACAAAUAUAGCAUUAGAAGCUAACGAAGCAAUGAUUACAGAGCGCGUUGCUAUAGAAUCUCAAUCUCAAAUGAAACAAGAAGCAGAAGCUGUAGUCGAAUCCCACGAAAUUUCCAGCACCAAAACCGAGGAAGUUAUUGUCCAAGAAAAACAAGUAAGCGUUCAAGAAACUGAUGUCCAGAAAUCUUUCAUAGAGAUUGAGAGUAACAAAGCGGCUAUUAUUGAAAAAGUAGACAUAAAUCAGCCAAUCGUGGAAUUACAUGAGGAUAUUGUCGACAAGGCUGUUAGUGUCGAGAUUAAAAAUCAAAUGAAUAUACAGGAAAUUGAGACUUCUGAAUAUAUAGAUGAAUUAAACGUUGUCAAGGAAGAAUCAAUAGAAAUCACGGAAUCACACGAUAUCAAAGAAGUACAGGUCUUGGAGGAUAUUUCUGUUAAAGCUAAGAAAGAAUCCAUCGACAUUGAGGAAAUUAAAGAGGAAACAAUUCAAGAUGUAAAAGAAAGUAUAUAUAUAAUUGAAGAAGACGUAAACGUAUCAAAAGAAGAAAUUGUUUCAGUAAAGGAAGAAGCGAUUGCAGUUCAGGAGGUAAAAGAAAGUGAAUCUAAUGUGAACAUUGAGGAUAUCAAAGUUACUGAACAAAUAGCUGUCGUUCAAGGAACUACCGAAAUCAGUGAAAAGAGCCUUGAAGUAAAAGAUGAAUACGCUCAGUUAAAAGUUACGAAAGAAGAAAUAACAGAAUUAGAGGAAAACGUUGAAAUUGACCAAGAAAUUGAAGUUUAUAUUAAAAAAUCUGUUCAUAUUGCUGAAUCAGAGAAUCAAUACCAAUCUUUCAUUUCAGGAAGUUCUAUACAGAAUGCAGAAUACGUACAAGAAUCUUGCUUUACUGCAAGAUCUACUGAAGACUCUUCUUUCACUUCCAGCGUUGUCCAAGAAUCUACUUUCAUGGCCAGGUCUACUGAAGAUGCUAAAAAACAGCUUACUCUAGAUCUGGAUUCAAAGAUUAAAAAAUCUGACUCACAAUCCUCAGUGAAGAGCACUAUUAGUACCCCUACUCCAUCCACUGUCCCUCCCACUCCACUCACAGAUGAGUACGUCUUCCGACUCCAAAUGCCCCUCCCCAAGCUAACUGGUCCUCCUGUCCCAAGAUCCCCAAGUCCCCAGGAUGAGGAUCCUCAUAUUGUUAAAAAGAAUUUGGUCCCUCAUAUAGAUACUGAAAUUAUUGAGGAAGUAGUGUAUGAAACUCCGCUUCCAACCCCACCUGAGGAUAAAUCUUCACCGCCAAAGUUUACUAAACCAGGGUUGAAAGGGGGUAAUAUAAAAUACACAUUUUUCAAGGAGGAGAUAAAAGAAAUCGAAAGAAAGUCAUCACUACUAGCCUCUGCUAUCGACCAAACUAUCAAAUCAAUUGAAGAGUACAAGGAAGAAGUAGGAUUAGAAACCAACGUUGAUAACCCUCUAGUUUACAACGGUUACGCCAAAGUUAUAGACACUAAAGUAUACAAAGAUAAACUUGACGAAGUAAAUAUCGAAAAACAAAUAGUCAAGAACACAGAAAACAUAAACAAAAUUGUAGAAAACAGAGCAAAUUCUGCGGAAGAUUUAAUAAAUAGGUUUCAUCUUAAUGGGAUGCCAGUAAAUGUGACUGUGACCCUUGAAAAUAACGUGGCAAAUUCAGUGACUGAAGCUAUUGAAAAUAAAAUGGGAGAAUCAGUAGAAAAUGUUUGCGUAGACGGAUAUAGACCCGUGCCUUUCAAUCCCGAAGAUGCACCUCAUUUGGAGAGAGUGGAAAUUAGAAUACCGGAGCCGAUACCAACGGUAGACCCUGGCAAGGCAUUUGUAGCAGAAAAUGGCGAGAUCAUGGGUACACAUCAGGGUAUUGUAGACGGUUUAGAAGAAGCAGUAGUGGAUGAAGAAAUAGCCAAAGACCUAGGCAAACCUGGUAUGACAGAAGAGAAGAUCGCAGCAAUAAUAUCUGGAGAAUCAGAGAUGCUAAGGGAGGCGCACGUUAUGGGGCUGACACGGGUUUUAAAGUCGCAUAUGCAUCGAGACAAUGAUGAUUCCAGCGUCGAUUUCAAGAAGAUCAAACCUAUAGUGGAAUCGCUAAAGGAUUCUGAAGUUCUCAAAGCUUUGAACGAGGAAUUUGUUAAGACUCAAGAAGAGAAGAAGAAGGAAGAAAGAAAGUGGACCAAGUUCUUGCAGAAGCCGGCGCGGCCGGUGCCUAAAGCGAAGUUUGGAUACCAUGGAUGGACGGCUAAUGAUGAUGAAGUUAAAGAGUCGCCUUACAAAGUGAAAAUAGUAAAACAGCCUAAACCCAAAGUAGCACCCGAUUACAAACCGCAGGACUUCAACACGGGCCCGCUGCCGUGGGAAGAGCGAGCGGUCAACGAGCCACCCCCACCCCCAGUGGAGGCUGAACCCCCCAUCUUGAUACCUGAGGAGAAGCCAGUGUUUCUUGAGGCUAUUGAUAACCUACCGGAGACUGCUGUUCCGGAUUUGGAGGAGACAGGAAUUGAAUUACCUCCUGAAAAGUCAAUAGAGGAACCAGCACCAGAAGCAGAGCCGGAAGCUCCCAAAGAGACAGAAGUUGAAAAAGUAGAAGAAACUAAGAAGGAAGAGCCCUGCAAUAGAGUUGUAGAGGAGACCAGCAACAGCGAGAGCGAGAUGGAGAACAGGAUAGCGGAACAGCUGAUGAAGAAUGUAGAGGGAAUGGUUGAUCCCAACGCGCCGCUGGAGCAGCAGCUGGCGCAGAUGCGCGCGCAGCUGGCAGCGCUGGCGCAGCUGCCCGGCGUCAUCCAACAGACGCUGGAGCUGGUGACCCGCCAGCUUUGCCAAAUUACGCAGCAGGAAGCUCAGUCUCACCACACAGUGAAACAAGAACAGAUGGCAAUUGAAUCUUCUGAGAUGAUUGAAGAAUCCAAUGAGACCUCCGAAACUAUAAUCGAAGACGUAACAGAAGAAAAAGACGAGACUCAAAUAGAAGAAGUCGUUGAAAAUGGAAUUAAGGAAGAGGUGAAAGAAACGAAGACAGUGGUAGAGGUCAAGCAAACCAAAAUGGAAGAGGUCAAAAAGGUGCAGAUGACAAGGAGCGACGAAGAAAUGCAGAAGAUGAAGAGGGAAGAGCAGGAGAUUUUGGACGAGCAGAGAAGAAUUGAAAAGCAGAAGAAGGAAUUAACGAACGAACUUCUUGGCCAAGAGUACGAAGAGAUGCUUCAGGAGACGCCCCACGAGAUAGCUCUUAGGUUUAUCAAUAAAGUAAUGGCGAACCCUCAGCGUGACCAAGAGUCCUGUCAGAAGCAGAGGCCAUCAAUAUCUUCUUCAAACGGACCUAAGACUGAGGACAAAAAGGAAUUAAUGGCGGACCUCCAGUUAGACCAGGAGGCCAGACAGCUGAAGCAGAGGCCGACGCCGCGCGUCGGCAAGCCCAAGCCCGUCUUUGGGCCUCUCACGCCGUCUGAGAGGCCGGUGGUGUUGCCCGGAGGCCGAAAGUGGAGAAAGCCUAAAGACGCGUACAAUGACGCGUUCAUCGCCGAAACUUUGACUGCUCAAGCUGAGCUGAUACAAGGAAAAGCGCUGGGGAAUACAUACGAAAGCGUUCAUCUGCCAUACGACGAGAGGGUGAACUUCAUGAAGUACGAAAAGCCGCCGAUCACAACGGACCACUUGAAGAACUCCGAGGUGUACAAGCUGAUUCACGGCAUGGAGCAGGAGCCAGUGAAGCGGGUGGAAUUACUGACACCCGUGAUCGCUGAAGCUGACUACAGAGAGCUGCCCAGCAAGCUGGAGUACCUGAAGGACUCCGAAGUAUACAAGAUGAUCCAUGAUGAAGAGAAGGAACCACUUCGAGGAGUGAAGAUGCUUCAGUACAUCAUCGCUGAAACUCGAUACCAAGAGAAAUGCCGCUCCGUCACCCCUUCUGCCGACAUGAGACGCUAAUCAUUUUUUACCCACUGUCUCUUUUUGUGUUUUGUAUUGUCCCUUUCAUUGAAUAAUUUGUACGCGUGCCUAUUUAAAAUAAAUAUACUGUUGUAACUUCGAA